GACACAGUAAAAGCACGAGCGGAGAGAGCGAGAGACAGACGGAGACAAAAAGGCGUUUCCUCCGAAACUGAACACUCCAGUCCUGUCCUGCGGAUUAAACACUUCCAAGAGACCCGAAAACGGUAGAAAAGAAAGCUGAAAGACAGACCGGACAGCGCAAUUCUCCGGUAGAGUAAGAAUCGCCAGUCCCCCAUCUUUUCAUAUUGACGAUCAGGUGGAGGGAGAUAGCAUCUGGACAAUUCUGGGACCCGAGAAGAAGCAGGGAAAAUUGCCUGGUGUCAUCAAGUUCUGAAUCGGCCUUUUCAAGUGAGAGUGGCACUGAAGAAGAAGCAUCAUGUCAGAGUAUAGCUCUUUGCUCACAGAUCUUUCUGGAAACAUUACAAAUGAAGAUCUUGAGCAGCUUAAAUCUGCUUGCAAAGAGGACAUUCCUGAGGACCAAGGGGAGAGCAUCACUUCGUCAGCAGAGUGGUUCAGUUACCUGGAGAAGAACAACAAGCUGUCACAGGAUAACCUGUCAUACAUUGAGCACAUUUUUGAAAUCUCCCGGCGCCCUGACUUGCUCACUCGUGUAGUGGAAUAUAGGACAACUGUGCUAAAAAUAUCAGAAGAUGAUGAAAUCGACACAAAACUGACACGUAUUCCAUCUGCAAAAAAAUAUAAAGAUAUAAUACGCCAGCCAUCAGAAGAAGAAAUCAUUAAACUAGCUCCACCACCAAAGAAGGUGUGAGGACAUCAUUUUGCGUCAGCUGUCUACUCUCCUUGUUCCUUUCUCCUUUUUACAGUGGCAUACACCAUACACGUACAUGCACACAUACACACACACACACACACACACACACACACCCACCCACACACACACACACAUGCAUGUGUCAGACCAAAUCCCUGGACCAUUCAGCCUAACGUAGUUGGACAUGGCUAAUGUAGGAAAUAGGAAAGUCUUUCCUUCAUGUUGCUCAAAUGUGCAUCAAAAAAUAUUUUUAAUAGGUAUUCUUGUCUUAGGUUUCAAAAAACAAGAAACCCCUGCCAUUUGUUCCUAUUGAUCAGUUUCAUUACAACAGGACAAAAACCUGAUAAGUAAGGCAGACUGAAGUGUUGCUUUCUAGUGGUCAGCUGCACCAUGAGUAAAGAAAGUAAACGUCCAGAAGCUGCAGUUUAGGGCAGAUGCCACUAAAUCACAAUGGUGUUAAUUUGGCAGGAGGGUUAAAGCUUAUCUGAAAGAGAACCACUCGGCAUAAAAAUGAUAUCAAAAUCUAAAAAGGUAUAUUUUUAGUAUCAGGUUUUUGUGCAAGUGAAUGCAAAGGUGAAUAGACUUGAGACACUUAGUUAGUCUGUUUAUUCAAAUGAAUAAAAAGCCAUAGAGUUCAUUUGAGGAAUAGAAUUUGAAAUCUGAAGGGGUACAGUUCAAUCGCUAUCUAAGAGUACUUGUCCCUUCAGUUGUCUUCAGAAAUACAUAUGCAGUAUUGCAAGCCUUUAUCUUUGGGGAAGUUUUGUUGGCCAUCGCUGUACCAACUACAAUUAUUCUGGGAACAGAAGGAAGGAAGCUGGGAGUGGUCAUGUGAUAUGGUGGAUGUGUGCGUGUGUUUGCAUGAAUUUGCAAACAAGAAAAUGCAACAUUUUGGAUGCCAGAGUUCAGCUUUUGUUUCCCUCAGUUGCCGUUUUACCACUGUGUACAACAACCCGCUGCGCCCAGCCUAGUUAAUAUCGGAUGCUGGCAGGUUGAUGAAUUACUUAUUCUGUGAUAAUUUCAUCCGUUUGUUAGCUAGCUAAUGUAAUUUUUUUAUGUAACCUUUAACUUUUCAGUGAGAACCCAUGUGCCAAGGAAAACUUUUAUAUUGUGUUGUGGUAAAAAAAAAAAAAAAGAGAGAAAAAAGUCUAUGCAAAAUAUUGAAAACAAAUUGUCUUUUCAACAUUUCUCAGAUGCUACCUUAGUCCUCAUAGACAAUGCUGUCUCACUUUUCACUACCAAUGUGAAGUUAAUCCUGCUGGAUAAAGUGGUGUUAUUAAAAGCAGAAUUGUUUUUAAUGUUAUUAACUAAAACGUAAAACAUUGUUAACAUCUGGAAAAAAGGUGAGAGUAGUGUUGAAAAGAAGUGGAGUUUCUAGAUUCUCAGUUGUGUUUCAGUGUGCAUUUGAAUUGGAUGGUUCACUGAGACAGUUGCUUGCUGUUCUGAAUAUCAGCAGCAAUAGUGGACCCCUGUGAGGCAAGCUGGCAAACACCAUGUGUACCAGUCUCAGGAAGGGCAUGGUGCCUUCCCUGAAUAAGGUCGCUCACCUGACUUCCACACACACCUGCCGAAAAAAGACUUUAUCUCACUCUACGCCUGUAUAUGUAUCCCCUUUUUUGUAUUAACUAAAGCCUGGUAUUUAAAUCGAUUUAAAACAAUGGAUUCUUUCCUUUAUUUUUGUUUGAUAAUUCUAGAAUAAAACUUAUAUUGCAAUUAUAUGAUAAAAUCUAUAUUUUUAUUGUAUAAUUUAUACAUAUUUAUAUCAAUGGGGGGAGGGGGGAGUGACAAAUGGAUGAUUCUCUAAGUUUAUUAUGAAAACCCAAAAUGCAGGGUGGUCAUCAAGUCCCUGUCUAUUUAUGUGGCAACAUUAAUGUUACAGCAGAGAAAUAUAAUACUCAUGUCAUACUAGUGUCUUCUUCCUAUCAUAGUAACCAGCAAAUAUAAGCAAAUCGUAACUUAAAUGGUAGAGAGCAGAUUAGUACUGGGUAGACAGCAGCGUAGCGCUAACAGAGUGGAAGAAGUGAGAGGAUGAGAAAGGAAAGAGAGAGACAGGGAGAGAAAGAAGGGCAGAUGUGAUUUUCAGAAGAGACAAGAAUGGGUUGUGUUCUGGUUAUAGCCUAAAGCCUGACCCUUAGCCUAGAUCAGUGUGUUCAUAAGGCAUUAUAGAAUGGCACUAUACAGUAAUAUUCUAGCCAUGCGUCUAAAACCCAUUUAGUUUUGUGGUGCAGUCGGUGAUUGUGAUGAAUUGUCUUUGGUUUUAGGACCACAAACAGAAUGGCAUUCAUUUCUUGAUAGAAGGCUUCUUGUAAUGUGAACUCAAACUGUCCAGUUACUCACGGCAGACUGGAUGUUCGGCUUGUUUCUUUUUUACUCUCUGUACGUUUUCCAGCAGCUAAUCAGUGCUUGCUUUAUAUAUAUUUUUUUCCCGUAUAGAUGCAAAAUGAGACCUUUGUGGGUAAAGUUUAUUUCAUUGAACCAGUCAAAGCAGUGUUAUACCCAUCAAACGCUUCAAUGUUUAUUCUUGCCUUAAUGGCUGUCUUUCUUUUGGGAAGUAUCUUUUUAGUCAUCACACAGAAGAGGAAAUUGUCAUUUUAUUUUUUCCUUUCUGUAACGUACUUGUGUGGCAUUACUGUAGGUAACUAAUAAUACAUGGGACGGGAUCAACAAAUGUACCGUGCAUGCAUACUUUCUUACUACUAGAAUAGAAAGCUCAAAGAUAUGCGUACAUGAUCUCAGAUGUAAUAAAUUUACAGUUAAUAUCGCUGCCUGUUCAUCCUGCUACAGUUAGGGUGCCAUUUGAGCUGAAUUUAGAGCUGCUUAGUGUUCACUAAACUUGUCAGGACAGUACCUUGUGUCAGAAGCAGAGCACUUAAUGCCCCAUCAGAUGGAGCAACACGUAGCAGUGAAACUAACAACAGUAGAAACUAGGAUUUCAGUUUUCUUGUUAUUGUGGUGUGGUGUGUAUAUAAGAGCUCAGAGCAUUUUCCUGGAGUCAAAUCAAGCUUAGCGCAGCGUCCUGAUCUGAAAGGCAUUUUCUGACCAUACUGGAAUGAAAUGCCAGCCUGCUCGAAAAAUAUAUUUGAAAAAGGAAGGAGCUGGGGCUGUCGUUUGCUGUCCCAACUUUGAUUAAUUGAACUUAGGCCGUGGGUUUUAUUUCUGAGGCUGCACAGCCUUCGUAAACGACGUGCCUUUAAGAUUUUUUUAUGAUUUCUGGAAGAUAACAAUUUCAUUUAAGCAACGUGCCAUAAGGAGUAUACUCAAAAGAACUAUUUUUUUUUAAGAACACAACCACUUCACACAUAUUACUUACAGCUAAACAGACAGAUAUACAGAAAUGUAUUAAGUAAACUGCAAAUGCACAAUACAUAUACACCAAUACUCCUGCAAAGAGUUCAUAUUGUACACCAGUGCAUGUGUGUGUAUAUAUGUAUAUUUGUGUUGGUGCACACACCCUCCAGUCUAAGACUAUGGGAAGUGGGCUCCAUAUUUGCACAUUAUUUGUACCUUCACACCCAUCUGUCUUUUUUUUUUUGGAGACUGUUGGGUAUGUAUAAUGUCUAUCUGAAGAAGAGUCUUUAUAUUUAUAGCUGCACACUUUCAUUGUUGGCAGGAGGGAGCCAUGCCUGCCCUAUUCCUUUAUUUCCUGUGUAGGAUAUAAGCAGGUGAGCUGAUGAAGGAGGCACUUGAUAACACCAGCAGCGCAAUGUUUUGCUCUCUAUGACCUACUGACAAGCCUCGUUUUCUUUUUUCCACACUUUCGAAGGUGUUG